AUGCUCACAUCUGCUUGUAGCAAACGCAAAGGACUAGAAAAAGCGUUACACCAAAUAGAGGAGGCGAUCAAGCGCCCCAAGACUGAUGCAGCGGGAUCUGAUGCUGCUCGAAAACUUAUUUCAAAUCUGCAAGAUCUCCUUAGCAGGACACAGGGGCAAUCUGCACCGAGUGAGGUCGAGGAGAUAUCAGACGACCCUGACCAGUCACAUACGAGAUCUCCUCCGCAAGAUGCCACUGCUGGUGACAAUCUAGCCUUGGAUGACGCGGAGAAUCCAUUGCAACUUCUCGCCAGAGCCUCUGACCUCCAAUUUUCGCCCGCCGAAUGCAGUAACGCACCCAAAUUGUCACCUUCAUCUGUGUCACAACCGUCUAUCAGAUUGGAUAGUAGCCACAACGAGGACGUGCCAAAUGUCAGAUCGUUUUUCGUCCCUGUCAGAGCGAACCUAGACCUCGGCCCGGACAUGGACCCUAUUGAACUGGGCCUGACUACUUUGCUCGAGGCAGAAUCACUUUUUUCUUUCUUCUAUGAGAAUUUAGCCCACACGCGGUGGGGACUGGAUCCGACUGUGCAUACAGCGUCAUUCGUACGCUCGCAGUCCGCCUUUCUUUUCACAUCAAUAUUGGCUGCAGCUGCCCGGUUUAACCCUUCUGCAGCAGCCUUAUCCAAGAGACUAACGAGGCACUGUACAUCACUGGCUCAUAAGGUCAUUGCUCAGCGUCAUCGAUCGGUAGAAAUCGUUUUGGCCUUCAUGGUAAACAUUCCAUGGAUGACCCCGGGGAACAGUUCUGGCGACGAUGACACAUGCUCCUAUAUUGCAAUGGCUUUGACCGUUGCGUUGGACCUUUCUCUCAACAAGAUAGUGACACCCCCAACAGGUUUUGAUAGUACUCUCCAGAACAGGCUUGCGAAGGCUGAUUGCAUUGAUGCAAAGAGAGCCUUGCACAUGGAUGGAUUCGAAGCUGUUGAUCCGGCUUCGGAAUGGGGCCGAAGAUUGUUACGCAGACGCGAGAGGACUUGGAUCGCGUUAUUUGUCCUCGAGCGUGGUGUCUGUUUGGCCCGCGGACGAAGCUAUACAGUCCCUCCGACUGCUCUCGUUGAAAAUUGUGACAGAUGGCAUAUCUCUGAUAUUGCCGAUUCUCGGGAUGGAUCUAUGAACUCUAUGGCAGUUCUCCGGAGGAAUUUAGAUGAACUCUUGAAAAAAGUGAAAUCGCGGUGCGACAAUUGCCGACUUGGGGACACUGGAUCUGAAGCUGCUCAGUCGAUUAAGAAACUUAUCGAAGACUUCUACGAUCAAUGGUACGCGGCUUGGGCUCUUGAGAUAGGUGGACCCUCACCACUCGAAGUCAAGCGGUUUUUUCGCGCUGCUGGCCUCUCUUCUGCAUUGAAUGUCAUGCGGGCAGCGAUUCAAGGAGAAUCGCGGCUGAAGUCCAUGCCCAACAAUACUGUGAUCAUGAUUGCCUUCGCUGCAUGCUCUGCGCUUAGCCUAAGUGUGAUGCCAGCGGACAGCAGGUCCAGUUUGGCACCGAGCGUGCGACAUUUGAUAGAGGAAACGGCUGAUGUCCUCGAACGGAUUGGGGCCACCCCAGCUCACAGAGAAGGUGCCUCUGUCUUGUAUGGACGACUGCUACGAGAGCUUGUUAGACGUGCUCAUGUGGGCUCCACUUCUCAAAAAAAUACCGAAGCAGUCCCGGUAGAGUCCUUACAGCCCUCCUCUACGUUGAACGAUUACUGCCCCGUACCUUCAGUAACCCAACCACCAAUGGAUCCCGCUACGUUAUGGCCGGAGACGCUACAAUUCUCCGCGAUGUCUGAUCACCAAAUUAUCGAUGCAGUGAACAGGGCUGACUCGGCAUUCGGCAUGAAUAUUCCUGACGUCCCACUGGAUGAUCUGAUGAACUGGGAUUGGUUCGACUUUGCCAAUGCAGCCGACUUGGUACCGAUUGUCCUGUGCGCUGCAAAUAAUGUCGAGCGUGGUUACGGAGAUGUGGGUCUUGGCCUCCUGUCGGUGCCCAGAAGUAGCUCCGAUUGCCGAAUGACACUUGCGCCCAAGAUCGAGCGUGGCGCUUCAAAAUUAUUCAAAGAUGCAGAUGAGGCUGUCGCGGACCUCAAGAGCGGGUCUACAAUCCUGAGCUCAGGAUUUGGCCUUUGCGGAGUCGCAGAUACACUUAUAUCGGCGAUCAAUCGCAGAGGCGUUGAAAAUCUGCAUUCCCUGACAGCAGUUUCGAACAACGCUGGAGCUCCUGGAAGAGGAGGACUUUCUACACUUACUCAAGCUGGACAAGUAAAUCGGUUGAUCCUAUCUUAUCUCGGGAACAACAAGGCUUUGGAGAAGAAGUAUUUGACCGGGAAGAUCGCUAUUGAGUUGUGUCCCCAAGGAACGUUAGCCGAGCGAUUACGUGCCGGAGGAGCUGGGAUUCCGGCAUUCUUCACUCCUACAGGGGCGCACACGCUACUCCAAGCCGGAGAAAUACCCAUCCGGCUAGAUGAGUCUGGAAAAGCAUUGGAGCGCGGCACGCCGCGAGAGACGAGGAUAUUCAAUGGCAAAACUUAUUUGAUGGAGACAGCCCUCACUGGCGAUGUAGCUAUCCUUCGUGCCUGGAAAGCAGAUGAGGCAGGAAACUGUGUUUUCAGGUAUACAACGAAGGCAUUUGGUCCGAUCAUGGCGAAAGCUGCCACUCUUACUAUAGUGGAAGCGGAAAACAUCGUCCCGGUUGGUUCCAUUGACCCUAAUGAUGUCGACCUGCCGGGCAUCUUCGUGGACCGAGUUAUUCCUGCUACGGCAGAGAAGCACAUCGAAAUCAAGAAAUUACGGUCUCCCGAAAAUGAGGAUGCGGGUAAGUCCUCAAGCGACCCUGCUAUGGUCCAGAGAAACCGAAUCGCCAGGAGAGCCGCAAAAGAGCUAAAGCAAGGAUAUUACGUUAAUCUGGGUGUUGGAAUUCCCACGCUGGCUCCGUCAUUCUUACCAGAAGGCGUGAAAGUUUGGGUGCAAUCAGAAAAUGGUAUUCUGGGCAUGGGACCGUAUCCCACUGAAGAUGAAGUCGACCCGGACAUCAUCAACGCUGGCAAAGAGACUGUCACCCUCAUGCCAGGUGCAGCUACGUUCGACAGCACUGAAUCGUUCGGCAUGAUUCGAGGUGGACAUGUUGAUGUAUCCAUCCUUGGGGCCCUGCAAGUGAGCGCCAAAGGCGAUCUAGCGAACUACAUGAUUCCCGGAAAGGUCUUCAAGGGAAUGGGAGGUGCUAUGGACUUGAUCUCUAAUCCAGACCAAACCAAGAUCGUUGUCGCUACUAGCCAUACCGCCAAGGACGGAUCUCCCAAGAUCGUCGCCGAAUGUAGCCUGCCUUUGACAGGCGCAAACUGCGUCAGUACGAUCAUCACAGACCUCUGUGUUUUCCAGGUUAAUCGAAGUAAAGGGGAGCUCCUGCUGACAGAGCUCGCCCCAGGGGUAGAAGUUGAAGAAGUCCGAAGCAAGACAGGGGCGAAGUUUGCUGUUGCAGAGCAAUUGGAGAUCAUGGAAUGA